AUCCACAGAUAGAUAAAUUAACAAAAUCUCUUUUCCUGCAGAUUACUUGCUUGCUUCAGUUGAGUCUCAAGAUUAGUAAACGCAUGCUGUAUUGAGAACAGAGCAUCAAUAAGCCAUUGUUAUCAAGCAUAUACUGAAACAGAUAAAGUAACAGAAUCUAGUGAAUCAACCAUGGAUGCUAUUGCAAGCGUGGCAUCAAACGUGGCUGCACCUUUGCUGAAGCAUCUCACUUAUGUGUUGAUGUACAGUACUUACCUGAAUCAGCUAGAAACCGAGAUUCAGAGGCUGCAGCAUGAGGAGAAAGAAGUGAGGCACACUGUUGAGGCUGCAAAGAGGAGUGGUGAGGAGAUUGAGGACACUGUGCUUGACUGGUUUGGGAGAGUGCGUGCAACAGUUGAGGAGGGGCAAUCAUUUCUUCGCGGCGAGGAUCGUGAAAGAAUUGGAUGCUUGGACGUGUACUCGAGGUACACGAAGAGCCAGAGGGCAAAAGACUUGGUGGAUCUUGUGAGGGAGAUGAGAAAGGAGACUUUCGACCGGGUUUCGUACCGAUGUGCCUUGAGAUGCAAUGUUAGCCCUUCUGCAAGGGAGUAUGUGGAGUUGGAAUCUAGAAAAAUGAUGUUGAAUGAAAUUAUGAAGGUGCUGAAGGAUGGUGAUGUUGACAUUGUUGGACUUUAUGGGAUGGCUGGUGUGGGGAAGACAGCAUUGGUGAAGGAAUUGGCGUGGCAGGCUGAGAUGGAUGGCUUGUUUGAUGCUGUGGUGAUGGCGACCGUGACUAAUUCUCCGGACGUUGGAAUGAUUCGGGCCGAGAUUGCUGAUGGAUUGGGAUUGAAGUUCGAUGAGCUGACGGAGCUGGGGCGGGCAAGUAGGCUUCGCCAGAGGAUUAGGCAGGAGCAGAGGAUUCUUGUGAUAUUGGAUGAUGUGUGGGGGAAGCUUGAGUUGACUCAAGUUGGUGUUCCUUUUGGUGAGAACAAGAGAGGCUGCAAAUGCCAGUUGUUGGUCACAUCUAGAGAUCUUAAUGUGUUGAAUACUAACUUUGAGGUGGAUAAGGCUUAUAGGCUUGAGGUUCUGUCUGAGGAUGAGAGUUGGGAGUUGUUUGAAAAGAGGGGAGGGGAUUCGGUUAAGGAAACCAGCGUUCAACCGAUGGCAGAAAAAGUAGCAAAAAGCUGUGAUGGUUUGCCACUUUUGAUAGUGACAGUGGUGGAGGCGAUGAAGAACCAGGAUUUGUAUGCUUGGAAGGAUGCACUAGAGCAGGUAACAAGUUUUGAACUUGAAGGGUGUUUUUAUUCUCCGGUGCGUUCUGCUAUUGAGCUGAGUUAUGAGCAUUUGGAAAGUCAUGAACUCAAAACAUUCUUCCUCCUUUUGGGAUCCAUGGGAAAUGGUUGUACCACAAGAGAUUUGUUGGUGUUUGGCUGGUGCCUGGGAUUGCACAAGCAUGUUGAUACAUUGGCAGAUGGGAGAAACAGGCUUUACAAAUUGAUAGACAACAUGAGAGCCGCCUCUUUGUUACUUGAUGAAGGGAAAAGAGAUUCGGUUGUGGCACUUGACGUGGUUCGACAUAUAGCUGCUUCCAUUUCAUCCAGGGAUAAACCUUUCUUUACUGUGCCGAGAAACAAGGAAUUGAAAGAAUGGCCCAGAAUGGAUCUACUUAAAACUUGUCAUCAUAUUUUCUUGGACUGGUGUUUUAUCCGCGAACUUCCUGAGAUGUUGGAGUGUCCCAAGUUGAAGAUACUCCAACUAAAUUGUCAAGGUAACUAUUUGAAAAUACCUGACAAUUUCUUUGUUCAGAUGCAAGAACUGAAGGUGCUGAAUUUAGGAGGUCUAAAUUGUACUCCUUCCCUUCCUGCAUCUCUCAGUCUCUUGACAAACCUCCAAGCAUUGAAUCUGUGUAAAUGUAUGUUGGAAGACAUAGCUAUUGUGGGGGAAAUCACAAGUUUAGAGAUUCUCAACCUUGAAAAAUCUGAGCUUAGAGAACUCCCAGCAGAAAUAGAAGGAUUAAGUAAUCUACGGUUGCUAGAUUUGACCGAUUGCUCAACACUAGGAGUGAUUCCUCGCAACUUGAUAUCAAGCUUGACAAGCUUGGAAGAGCUCUACAUGGGAAACUGUAAUGUUCAAGAGGAGGUCAAGGGAAGCAAAAGCCAAAGCAUUGAUUCAUGUAUAAGUGAGUUAAGGCAUUUGAAUAAACUAACAACUUUGAAUGUGCAGAUAGAAGAUACUUCAGAUUUUCCAAGAGACUAUCUUGGCUUUGGGAGACUAGAAAGCUACAAGAUUUUGAUUGGGGAAGGAUGGGAAUGGUCUGGGGUGGAGUCUGGGAAUUACGAAACUUCAAAACUUCUUAAGCUCAAUUUAGGUGCUGAUACAAGCAUUCUAAUGGAUUACGGUAUAAAGAUGUUGAUGGCAAAAGCUGAAGAUUUGUAUUUGGCUGAACUGAAGGGUGUCAGGGAAGUACUUUACGAAUUGAAUGAUGAAGGGUUUUCGCGAUUGAAGCAUCUUAACAUCCUAAACUGUGCUGAAAUGGAGAGCAUUAUUGGUUCAACAGAGUGGGCUUAUGGUGAUCAUGCCUUCCCAAAGUUGGAAUCAUUGAUCCUUCACAAUCUGAUUAACAUGGAGAGAAUAUGCAGUGACCCCCUUCCAGCACAGGCCUUUACCAAACUACAAGUUAUCAAAGUAAAGGGUUGUGAUAGGAUGGAGUUUCUUUUCUCACAUUCCAUGGUUAAACACCUUUCUGAACUUGUUGAGAUUGAGAUUUCUGAAUGCAAAUUCAUGACCAAUAUCAUAGCCGCACAAAGACAAAAGGAUGCUGAUGCUGGACAAACUGACAAAAUUAGGCUCAUCAACUUGCGUUCCCUUACUCUAGAAUGCUUACCUUCCCUUGUCACUCUCUCUCCUGAGUCAAGCAUUCAAGCUACUGAAAGUGGCAAUGGUUUCUCCAGUCAACUUUUUAAUGACAAGGUUGAAUUUCCAAACUUGGAGACCUUGAAGCUGUACUCAAUCAAUAUCCAUAAGAUAUGGAAUCACCAACUUUCUUACUUUCAAAAUUUGACCUCUUUGACCGUAGAUGGAUGUGAACGGUUGACACAUAUUUUCUCAUACUCUGUGGCUAGAAAACUUGUCAAGCUUGAACAUCUCUUAAUUAGUUCGUGCAAAUCCGUGGAGCAGAUAUUUGUGGCGGAUGAAAACUCGGGUCACCAUCAUCAUUUCAGAAUAUCUGCUCCAACUGAACUGGUUCCGAUUUUCCCCAACUUGGAGACAUUUGUGAUUUCUCACAUGGACAACUUGAAGUCAAUAUGGCCCGACCAACUCACUGAAAAUUCCUUCUAUAAAUUGAAAAAGAUGGAAAUCACAUCCUGUAACAAUCUCUUGAAUGUGUUCCCAUGUCAUGUGCUAGACAAAUUACAAAGCCUGGAAUCACUGAAUUUAUGGAACUGUAUGGCACUAAAAGUUGUAUAUGAAAUUGAUGGCAUAAACACAGGGCAAGAGGGUAGCAGUCAAGGAGGGCUGAACAUUCCACUGAGAACUAUGUCUUUGGGAAAUUUACCAAAGCUAACGCAUUUGUGGAAUAAGGAUCCUCAAGGAAAUAUCCAAUUCCGAAACCUGUUUACGGUUAAGGCUGCUAAAUGUCAAAGUUUAAAACAUGUCUUUCCACUGUCUGUGGCCAAAGACCUUGUGCAUCUCCAAUUCCUUGAGAUAAGUGAUUGUGGGGUAGAGGAAAUUAUUGUAAAUGACCAAGUAGGGGUAGAGGCAGCUCUUGGUUUUGUUUUCCCAAAACUAGUGUCCAUAAAAUUUUUAAAUUUGGCAGAACUUCGAUACUUUUGUACUGGAAAUCACAACCUCAGAUUUCCAUUGUUGAAUAAAUUAUAUACUGUUGAGUGCCCUGCAAUGGAGACUUUUUCUCAGGGAAUCUUAAGGGCAUCAAUCCUUAGAAAGAUAUAUUUGACUCAGGAAGGAGAUCAGGUGUACUGGGAAGGUGAUCUUAAUACUACUAUAAGAAAGCUUUUCGAUAGAGAUCUCCAAGCAAGAUUAAGCAUUUCAUAGAAAUUGAAAGGCUGGCGUAGGAUAUUUGUUGCUUGCACUUGCAGCUGCUGUUUGAUGAUGUGAGAAGUCUUCGGAUUCCACUUGACAAAGAUCAAUUGUCUACUUAAUGAACUAUAAAAUUUAGUUCUGUAGGAUUGUCAGGAAGCUGUGCUUUGAAGAAGCACCCAAUCAAGAAGGCCAUGCAGAAGGAAGAGAAACUGAACAUGAGGACUCAAGUUCAAGUCCAAGAACUGGGAUCUGUAUUCUCAUUGGUAGAAGGUUUUUUCAGCAAGGCUGUAUUAGUGGGAUAGUUGUCUUAAGUGUCAAACAGAAAAUAGUAUCACACUGAUAAAUGGUACAGAAAUUAGAUACCCUUGAUUUCAAUAGAACAGGAUCAUGUAAGUAAUAGAUCUACUGAAAAAUCAGACGUUGCUGUUGAAAAGUAAAAAAUAAUGUUGCCCAAAGAAGCCUUGCUUGUUUAGCCAGCACUUUAGUUGCACAAAAGUAAAAAAUUUCAAAAGUAAAUUUACGCAGUUGUAUUUUAGCCAUUAAAUCAUUAACUCUUUUUUUAGGGCAUUAAAUUAUUUACUCUAAUUAAGAUAUUUGAUAUUGGAAUUCAUACAUGUUACACA